AUGGAAUCUAGCGAAUGUCCCCAACAGGCCUCUGGCCAAACGACCGUGGUUGAUUCAAGCCUUGUUGUUGGAGGUAGCAGCAUGCAACAAUCGACUCUUGUACCAUCAAGUCAAACCCUGUCUCCUGGUUUUGCGGACACCACCCUUGAGAAGGAGUUUGGGGCGAUCAAGCCGUUUGAAGACCCAAUAAAUACUCACUGCACUAAGUUGGAAGAAAAAGCGCUCGAGGCAUUCAACAAUUUAGAGGGCAGUUGGCAAGAGUAUCAGAAUGUCCUGAUGAAAACCGAGGCAAUCCGCAAGGGCAAGGUUACCCCUUCGGAAGCUGAAGAGAUGAAGUGGGUUUAUCAUUUUUAUACGCCUUCAGAAGAAAGAUUACAAAGACUUUCAGCGAGGGGUUGGAUGGGAAGGGGCUCAUCUCCGGAUUCCUUUGAUACCAGCGGCCAGUCAUGGCAUGCUGAGGAGGACCAGGAAUGGCUACGUCAAUGGAGAAAAAAGCACGGUGGUCCAGCAGACUAUCCCGCCAACCCUGCAGGGCCUAAACCUCAAUAA